AUGGUCCACGCUGUGGGUCGCCUCCUGAAUGAGGAGUGGUUCCUGGGAUGGAAGAAUGGACAGGAGGACAAGGGCAAGGCGCCGCCUGGCCCCGGCGCAUCCAAACACCGGCCGCUGCCGGAGGAUUUUGCCCUGCGCGGUAUGCCCUGGGCCGGGCGGUAUUACCCCGACGGGUGGUUUAUCACCGGGGAGCGGAUUGACGAUGACGACAAGUACUUUAAGGUGCCCUCUAUGACGGAGGAGCGGCGGAAGCGGGUACUCUGGCUUGGGUUUUGUAUUGCAAGGAGGGGAAACGGCAAGUGGCUGCACUUUAACGAGUGGAGCCGACGGUUUGGCGUCAGCUAUAUAGCUCAGAGAUGUUUCGAGCCUAGGUUCCUGAACUUUGGGCCGUUCAAAGUACCUCUUUAA